AUGACAGUUGCGGCAUUUGCGGAUGACGUUGCUAUUCUCUCCUCUGACCACGAUCCGGUUACCUCCUCCGUAAACAUGCAAUCCCAACUCAACAUGCUCAGUGAAUGGCAGAAUCAAGCCAAAUCAGUUCAAGUCACUUUUACCCAACGCAAAGAAAUCUGUCCGGCCGUAUCAAACAACGGUUCUCCCAUACCUGUAAACACUGUAGUAAAAUACUUAGGACUCCAUUUAGACCAACGACUGACGUGGCAGAAACACAUCCAAACGAAAAGGAAGCAGUUGGAUCACAAAGUCAAACAAAUGUACUGGCUCAUGGGACGCAAAUCUAAACUUUCUCUCAGAAAUAAACUCCUGCUGUACAAAACCAUGGUGAAACCCAUCUGGUCUUACGGUAUCCAGCUUUGGGGCUGUGCCAAACCCACUCAUUUAAAACCAAUCCAAGCGUUCCAAAACAAAACACUCCGAGCAAUCGUUAACGCUCCAUGUAAAAAUCAAGUUACCUGCCUAGUCACCAAAUUUGUUCUCGCGAAACCUAAUAAUUGUGUUUUAAUUGCAGUUCAAGGAACGGAAUUGGAUACAAUCUACAAGAAGUACUGCAACCGACUGAAACACGCAUUGUUUGUGGCUUGUUUGUGCGUCGCAAUCGCCGGGUGUCUUUUACUACUAAUUACAACAUGUAUUCUACAUUCAGAGGACAUUCAAGACCAUCUGCUUCCAGUGGUGACACUAUCCUUGGUGACCAUUGCCCUAAUGCUGAUAUUCGUGGGAUCGCAGCUUCCGCCAAUGCUGGAGUCGAAAAUAUGGUCGCUGGUGGCGUCGCUGAUCGUCACGGGAGCGGUGACAACCGCGGCUCUGCUACUCGCUGGAAUAUACGCACCCCUGCCGCUUUUCGCCCUGCUCCUAGCGUUGCACACGAUGCUACCGCUGUCGAAACUGAUCGCAAUAGCGUUGGCGGCAAUCGUCACGGUAGCUCAUUUGGCGAUUGCAAUAGCGCGCAGGUUGAAUAAUUCCGACUCGUCGUUUGAGCAGCUUGUUCCCGAAAUUAUCCUACUUCUGACCGCAAGCGGCACAGGAUUGUACUACCGUUACAUUACCGAAAGUGCACAUCGUCGCACUUUUGAAAGUACGCGAAGUUGUAUAGAAUCAAGGGUGAAGUUGGAAGUAGAAAAGGAACAGCAGGAACAGCUUCUGUUAAGUGUCAUUCCAGUGUAUAUUGCAGCGGAGGUGAAGAGGAGUAUUAUGAUUAAAAUGUCGGAAGCAUGCCACGAGGGGCCGAAUAAAGCUCAAACGUUUCACGAGAUGCACGUGCAACGCUACAACAACGUGUCCAUACUCUACGCGGACAUCGUUAAUUUCACUCCACUCUCUGAAAGACUGUCGGCCUCCGAUUUAGUUAGGACCCUCAAUGAACUGUUCGGUCGGUUCGAUCAAAUUGCACAGGACAAUCAGUGCAUGAGGAUCAAAAUUUUAGGAGACUGUUAUUACUGCGUUUCCGGGCUUCCAGUAUCGCGGCCUAAUCACGCCUAUAACUGCGUUAAUAUGGGCCUACAAAUGAUAGACGCUAUAUGCUUUGUUCGCGAAGCAACAGGAUUUAAUGUUGAUAUGAGAAUAGGGAUUCAUACGGGAAACGUUCUUUGCGGCGUUCUGGGAUUAAGGAAGUGGCAGUUUGAUGUAUGGAGCGACGACGUCACCUUAGCUAAUCAUAUGGAGUCUGGGGGAAUUGCAGGGAGGGUGCAUGUAACAACCGCCACACUAAACCAACUCGGCGACCGUUUCGAAGUCGAACCUGGAGACGGCAGAAGUCGCGACGGCUACUUAGAGGACCACAAGAUAGAAACAUAUCUCAUCGUUCCUCCGAAAAAAAUGGACGGGGAAGCUCAUCAAAACCAACGUUCUAAAUCUUUAUUGCCUGUCGAGAGGAAUAACAGUAUCGAUGUCGGUUUAAACGGUCCAGGUUUCGCGACGCCCGGUGGUCCGCCGACGCGUAAUCGACAUUCCAGUAAGAUGACGAAGUACGUCGAAUGUUGGGGUGCGGAUAAACCGUUUUCGAAUAUUGCUGAAAGCACAAUUGCCAAGAAUAUUGAGCAUAUGAGCGUUGCCAUGAUUGAGAAUGACUUGGUUGCAGAUCGGAUUUCAUGUAUUGAAUGUCAGAAGUGGUGGCAUUCCGAAGACCUCCACCCCGCAUUCCUGUGGUUUCGUGAUCAAAAGCAAGAAGUCAAUUACCGCCGCAAACCCGAUAAUGAAUUUCGCUACUACAUCACCUGCUCGGCCAUCGUCUUCUUGGCGAUGUGCGUAAUGCAACUUUCCACAAUCUUUCUACCCAGAAACAUCGUCUUGUAUGGAACUUUAGGCCCUACCAUACUCGUACUGGCAGUAUUCGUAUAUUUAUCAUGGUUGGACCACUGCUGUAGGCAGGAGCCGCCCUCGGAUACACCACCGGACGAGCUUGGCGUAUGUGCGCCACCAAGGCAAGUAAUUGCCAACCACAAGGGACUGCGACUCUCCAUUUUUCUCAUCACGAGCGUGCUCGUCUCAGCCUGCGCCGUUAUGACCUUGGUAGAUCCCGAUCAAGAUCCAGUUCCCGUCAUGCUCAACAUUGAAAAUGGGACCACUACGGUCGAAACGUCUGGCUACAUUGCAAAAUUUAUACCGACGUACAUUUACAGUUCAGUGUUGUCGCUGACUUGCAUUUGGGUGUUUUUGAAGUUGGAAUUUCUGCUGAAACUGCUUGUGAUGCUAAUAUCUGCCGUUGUUCACAUUUGCAUCUACAGCCAGCUGAGUAUCUUCCACAACUACCACGACUCUCUCAAAGACCACAAAUUUCCCCUGCUGCCCUUUGAAUUUCAAAUAUCACUGGUACUGUUCGUGGUUGUGGCUUUAUUUUACAUACUGGAUCGACAAAUAGAGUUUACAUCGCGCACAGAUUAUUUAUGGAAGUCAAAGUUGAUGGUUGAGCAAGAUGAGGUUGAAACGAUGCGGGGUAUUAAUAAGAUUCUGCUCGAAAACAUUUUACCCGCUCACGUCGCAGAUCAUUAUCUGGCAACACGAGGUGACACCCAAGAUCUCUAUCACGAACGUUAUUCCUGCAUAGCAGUCAUGUUCGCAUCAAUUCCCAACUUCAAAGAAUUCUACGACGAAAACGACGUUAACAAACAAGGCCUCGAGUGUUUAAGGCUGUUGAACGAGAUCAUUUGCGAAUUUGACAAGCUGCUCUCGAAGCCCAAGUUUAGCUGCAUCGAGAAAAUUAAAACUAUCGGGAGUACGUACAUGAUAGCAUCCGGACUGAAUCCGGGGAACGAAGACGGGAACGGGGCCUCUUUGGAUAACUCGAAGGAAGCUUCCCGUAAAGAAGAGCACAUCAUAACGGCGUUAGUGGACUACGGAAUAGCAUUAAUGGGAAGUUUAGAUCAAAUUAAUCGAGAUUCCUUCCAAAGGUUUAAACUGCGAGUUGGUAUAAAUCACGGUCCCGUGAUCGCCGGAGUGGUUGGUGCCCAGAAACCCCAAUACGACAUUUGGAGCAACACCGUUAACGUGGCUUCCAGGAUGGAUUCCUGCGGAGUGAUCGGACGGAUACAAGUAAGCGAGGAUACGGCCAAGAUCCUUACGAACGCCGGAUAUUCCUGUGAAUGUCGUGGUCCCACGUACGUAAAGGGGAAGGGAACGCUGACGACUUACUUUGUUAAAACACCAUUCGACGAAAAAUAGAUUUAUUUCGAACGGCGAAACUUUUGGUUGCUGCUUUUCAAGUUGUUUGUGCACCGAGUUUAUGGAUUGAGUACCUGACUUAUGAGCGAAAUCGCGACUGGUUGGUUUCAAUAAUUGUUAUUAUUUUCUAGGAUUUUUAUACGUUGUUAAAAUUGUAAGACACCACACGUGUUACGGCAUUUAAGUGGCAGUUCACUAAAGAUCCCCUAUUUCCGAAUGGUAACGCGUGAGAUGUAACUGAGUAUUUUUUCGACAGUCUAGCUUAGAGUUUUUGACUUGUGACAUAUCCACACUUGCAUUCAGUUUUCAUUAUACGCCAAAUAUUAACCAAUUGUGUAAUCUAGUCAAAAACAAAUUGUGAAUGUAUUUUAAAUGAAUAUAUGAUUGUAGGAAAGAGA